AUGGACGCCCUCGUGUCGAGAUAUAGCCGGCCUGCCUAUGCGCAGAACGAGUCCUUUGAGGAUGAGACGCAGGACCUCAUGGCCAUGGACCAUGCCUCCAACCUGUCGCUAAACUUUGCCAUGCCGCCCGUGGCUCAGCCCUCUGCCUGGCUCCGUGCUGCCACAGACGACCGAUCGAACCCCAACUGCCCCAUCAAGAUUGCCCACGGUACCACAACGCUGGCGUUCCGUUUCCAGGGCGGCAUCAUCGUGGCGACCGAUUCCCGAGCGACGGCCGGUAACUGGAUCGCCUCGCAGACGGUCAAGAAGGUCAUUGAGAUCAACAACGUGCUGCUGGGCACCAUGGCCGGCGGUGCCGCCGACUGCCAGUACUGGCUGGCGUGGCUCGGCAUGCAGUGCCGCCUUCACGAGCUGCGUCACAAGCGCCGCAUCAGCGUCGCCGCCGCCAGCAAGAUCCUCGCCAACCUCGUCUACAGCUACAAGGGCAUGGGUCUCAGCAUGGGCACCAUGUGCGCCGGCGUCACCGCCGAGGAGGGCCCCGCGCUGUACUAUGUCGACAACGACGGCACGCGCCUCUCGGGCAACCUGUUUUGCGUAGGCUCCGGCCAGACGUUUGCUUACGGUGUGCUUGACGCCGAGUACAGCUACGACCUGAGCGAUGAGGACGCCCUCGAGCUCGGCCGCCGCAGCAUCCUCGCCGCCACGCACCGUGACGCCUACUCGGGUGGCUCCAUCAACCUCUACCACGUCAAGCAGGACGGCUGGGUCAAGCACGGCUUCAACGACACAAACCCCAUCUUCUGGCAGACGAAGCUGGAGAAGGGCGAAUUUUCCAACGUGACGAGCGAGUUUGAGUAG